AUGAAGACCGCUGCUGUUGUCGCCUUUGCUGCCGCCCUGGUGGCCCCUGCCCUUGCUCAGGAUGCUGCUUCUCUUGCAUCUCUCCUUCCUAGCUGCGCUGUUAACUGCGCCUUGACCGCCAUUCCCGCCACUGGCUGCCAGGCCACUGAUGUUUCCUGCCUCUGCACCAGCGAGAGCUUCGUCACCUCCAUCGCUACUUGCACCCAGAAGUCUUGCUCGGCCGAGGACCAGCAAAAGACCGCCGCUGCCACUGCUCAGAUCUGCCCCAACCUUGCUGGCGCCGCCUCUGCCGCUAGCUCUUACAUCACUUCCUCUGUUGCUGCUUCCAGUGCAUCCAUGAUGGCUUCUUCCUCUAGCAUGUCCAUGGCUUCGUCCUCCUCCAAGGCUACUCCUGUUGCUCCUAUUGCUACUGCCAGCUCGGUCCCUACCGUCAACCUCACCACUAACGGCACUGUCCCUGUUGCCACCACUUCUAUGCCUGCUUCUUACACUGGUGCUGCCUCGGCUGUCAGCGCUGGUCUUGGUCUUCUUGCCCUCAUGGGUUUUGCUGCUCUUUAG